AUGGCACCUCCCAAGGCAGCGCUGGACUUUCUCGACUUCGUCAAUGCCUCGCCUACUCCUUACCAUGCCGUCCAAUCGUCCAUCACGCGACUGGAGAAGGCGGGAUUCACCGCUAUAAAAGAGCGAGACAACUGGUCGUCCACCCUGAAGCCGGGCGGAAAGUACUACAUGACUCGGAAUGCCUCGACCAUCGUCGCAUUCGCUAUCGGUUCAAAAUGGAAGCCUGGAAACCCAAUCGCCAUGCUUGGCGCCCAUACAGACUCGCCGUGCCUGCGCAUAAAGCCGGUGAGCAAGAAGAGCAGUGUUGGAUUCAUGCAAGUCGGCGUUGAGACCUACGGAGGUGGCAUCUGGCACAGUUGGUUUGACAGAGACCUGUCCAUUGCAGGGCGAGCCUUGGUGAAGGACGGGAAGGGGAACUUUGCUCAGAAGCUGGUCAAGGUCGACCGGCCCAUCAUUCGCAUUCCAACUCUGGCCAUCCAUCUCGACCGAUCAUCUGAGUUCAACCCCAACAAAGAGAACGAGCUGUUCCCCAUUGCAGGCAUGGUGGCCGCCGAGCUCAACAGAACUGGCAAGAAAGACGAGACGAAAGACGACGCGAAAGUCACAAAUGCCGAUGAAACCUUCCAGCCGUUGAAGGACAUGGCUGAUCGCCACCACCCGUACAUAUUGGAGCUGAUCGCUGAGCAGGCGGGUGUCAAGGUCGAGGACGUGGUUGAUUUCGAAAUGGUACUCUAUGACGUCCAGAAAUCAUGCCUCGGCGGUCUCAAUGAGGAGUUCAUCUACUCCGCGAGACUUGACAACCUCAACAUGACGUACUGCAGCGUCAUGGGUCUCAUCGAGUCCGUUGCGUCUUCAAGCCUGAACAAUGAGACGUCCAUCCGCCUGAUCACCUGCUUUGAUCACGAAGAAAUCGGAUCGACUUCAGCUCAGGGCGCCAACUCUGACCUCCUGCCCGCCGUCGUCCGCAGACUCUCUGUUCUUGCUGGUGGUCGCCAUAGCGAUUCGGCCUCUGACAAGUCAUGGGAGCACAUCAGCUCUGAUCCAGAAAUCGACUUGUCUACUGCCUUCGAGCAGAGCAUGGCUGUCUCUUUCCUUGUAUCUGCAGAUAUGGCACAUUCAGUCAACCCCAACUAUGUUGGCAAGUACGAAUCAAACCACCAGCCAGAGAUGAACAAGGGUACCGUAAUCAAGAUCAACGCAAACCAACGCUACGCUACCAACUCGCCUGGAAUCGUCCUGCUUCAGGAAAUGGCAAAGCGUGCUGGUGUUCCCUUGCAGCUGUUCGUCGUGCGGAACGAUUCAUCUUGCGGAAGCACGAUUGGUCCCAUGCUCUCCGCAAAGCUUGGAGUGCGAACUCUGGACUUGGGCAACCCGCAGCUGAGCAUGCACAGCAUCCGGGAGACAGGUGGAACCCACGAUAUUGAGCAUGGUAUCAAGCUCUUUGAGUCUUAUCUAUCGCACUACUCAGAGCUCGAGACGAAGAUCUUCGUUGAUUAG